GGGCGCGCACUCGAUGACGCGAGGCUCCAUCGCAUCUGCGGUGCUUUGAGCAAGACAUCCCACUGCGUGGAAGUCUAGAAAGUCCCGAAACACUUCCAAGAGGAUUGAGAUUCUCAUAUUAAACUUGAUGGUGGACGAUAAAGGAUGUUUAUAGUGUCCGCUGGAUUGGAAUACACUUUUUUCUUCUUGUAUAAUGGGAUUAUAUAGGCUACUGAACUAAACAGGAGUAAUGGAUACAUUAUACUUUGGAAGAAGCUUUAAAGUCGACUGUCAUCUCUAACAAGGCUAUCCUUCACAACCUGAAUGAAUUGGCAGAGGGAUUUGUAGCCAAGAAUGUCAGCAGUGAUCAGCACCCAGAACUCGUACCCAGCCUCACACAGGCUUUCAGUACGGACCACUGAUGAUGAUAUAGAGAGACUCGAGAAUGGAAACAGCAGGGUGCCCUCUCUGUGUGAAGACACUUCUUCUGAGCUGCAGCGAGUCAUCUCCAUGGAGACCAGAGGGCUUUCCGAGUCCCGCAGGAGUUCUUUCACAGGCAGAGGAGCAAUGGCCAGGCUUUCUCAGUUUAUUAUUUCUUUGAGAAGUUGGGCAACACGACAUUUGCAUCAUGAAGACCAGAGACCAGAUUCUUUUUUGGAACGUUUUCGAGGUCCAGAGCUCAAAGAGGUUUCCAGUAGAGGAAGUAAUGCCCAUUCAACAAUGGGGAACCCAGAUCAGCUUGGCAAAAUUAAAAAUCGCUGGCCUUUGGCAAAUUACAAUGUCAACAACUGUAACAAUACAGAUAACAAAAAAGAAGAAAAGAAGGAGGAAAAGAAAGAGGAGAAAAAGGAGGAGGGAAAGAAGGAUGAGAAAAAAGAUGACAAAAAGGAUGACAAGAAAGAUGCCAAGAAGGAUGACAAAAAGAAAGAAGAGGAGAAGAAAAAGGAAGUGCUAGUCAUUGAUCCAGCAAGCAAUCUGUAUUACCGAUGGCUGUCCAUAAUUGCAGUUCCAGUAAUGUAUAAUUGGUGCUUGCUUGUGUGCAGAGCCUGCUUUGAUGAACUUCAGACAGAUUACAUUGUUUGGUGGAGAGUCCUAGAUUAUUCAGCAGACAUAGUCUAUGCUGUAGACACCUUUGUGAGAUUCAGAACAGGUUUUCUUGAACAAGGACUGCUUGUUAAAGACUCAAAGAAGUUACGAGAAUACUACAUGAAGACCCUGCAGUUCAAGUUUGAUGUACUCUCAAUGGUGCCAACUGACAUAGCUGCCAUUAAAGUUGGCAAUAACUACCCUGAACUGAGGUUUAAUCGUCUCUUAAGAUUUGCCAGGAUGUUCGAGUUCUUUGACCGUACAGAAACAAGAACCAAUUAUCCCAACAUUUUUCGAAUUGGCAACCUUGUCCUGUACAUUCUUAUUAUUAUCCAUUGGAAUGCUUGCAUUUAUUUUGCAAUUUCUAAAUCUAUUGGAUUUGGAACUGACACGUGGGUAUAUCCCAACAUCAGUCACCCAGAAUAUGGCCGUCUUGCCAGAAAGUACAUAUACAGUCUUUAUUGGUCAACCCUGACGUUAACAACUAUUGGUGAGACACCACCUCCAGUGAAGGACAUAGAGUAUCUGUUUGUGGUAUUUGACUUUCUGGUAGGAGUGUUGAUCUUUGCCACCAUUGUCGGUAAUGUGGGUUCCAUGAUUUCCAACAUGAAUGCUUCCAGAGCAGAGUUCCAGGCUAAAAUUGACUCUAUCAAGCAAUACAUGCAAUUCCGUAAAGUAACCAAAGAUCUAGAGGCAAGGGUGAUUAAGUGGUUUGAUUAUCUCUGGACAAACAAGAAAACUGUGGAUGAAAAAGAGGUCCUAAAAAAUCUUCCAGAUAAACUGAAAGCUGAAAUUGCCAUCAAUGUUCACUUGGACACUCUAAAAAAAGUGCGCAUUUUCCAGGACUGUGAAGCUGGCCUUCUCAUUGAGUUGGUGUUAAAAUUACAGCCGCAGGUCUUUAGUCCUGGAGACUACAUUUGUCGCAAGGGUGACAUUGGCAGGGAGAUGUACAUCAUCAAAGAGGGAAAACUCGCUGUGGUGGCAGACGAUGGUAUAACACAGUUUGUGGUUUUAAGUGAUGGCAGCUACUUUGGGGAAAUAAGCAUUUUGAACAUUAAGGGAAGCAAGUCAGGCAACCGAAGAACUGCAAAUAUCAGAAGCAUUGGCUAUUCUGACCUUUUCUGCUUAUCCAAGGAUGACUUGAUGGAAGCUCUGACAGAGUACCCAGAUGCCAAAAAGGCUCUAGAAGAGAAAGGAAAGGCAAUUUUAAUGAAAGAUGGUCUGAUAGAUGAAGAAGCAGCAAAGCAAGGAGCUGAUCCAAAAGACAUGGAAGAAAAAAUUGAAAGACUAGAGUCAUCACUGGAUGUCAUGCAGACAAAGUUUGCCAGACUUAUAGCAGAAUAUACUGCUAGCCAGCAAAAACUGAAGCAGAGGCUUACAACUGUGGAAUCAAAAAUGAAGAAGCUUGGAAGUAGUGAUCUUUCAGAAGGCAUGGAUGCUGACAAUGAAGAGGACAAAAGGGACAAAUAAGAUCCCCUGGGUAAAGGUUUUUUUUUUUUUUUUUUUUAAACACAUGGGCUAUAAGAAGCUAGAGACAAUUGCUUUUUUAUAAUCUCAGGAAACCUAUUUAGAUGUGAUAUUUUUUUAAAUGCUUGUUUAGCAAAGUAUACAUUUCAGAUUUGAUGGAGUAAGUCAAGAUACCUGAAGAAAUUCACACAGUUUUCUACAUUAAAGGAGCUUUCAGACUCCAGACACAGCAACCGAUGACUUGCUUUCUCUGUGAUGCAAUCUGACAUGUGAUGGAGUAUCACUGUGAGCAGCUGAGCAUGUGAGAGAUGCAGAACAUGGUUGUCGGUGUCGAGGCUUGCUUUACAAGAAACAACUGACUGUAUUGAGUGACUUUAAGCUCAUGAACAAGUGUAAUGGUCUUUCAUAGAAAAAUUGUGUUGUUUAUGCAAUAUGUGUCUUUUUUUAAUGUAUUCCUAUUACAUGCAAGUAUAAAUAAUUUAAUAAACAAAUAUGUAUGGUUUAAAUAUAAA